UACCUGCAUCAGAUUAAAUCAAAUAUUCAAUCAAUGACACCAUAAAUACACAUCAACUCAGCCUCAAUAUUCACGCAUCUCUUUUCAAAACAUCUAAGCUUUUAGCAAUACAGUGUUGUCUUUCAAUUUCAAAUACAAUGGCAAACCACAUUGAUAUGAUUUCAACUAUCAAUGAUGUUCCCCGUAAUUGGAGGUUAAUAGUAAGGGUUGUUCGGUUGUGGGGAGUUCCCGAGUUCAACACACCAAACCAAUUUAGAUCACUAGAACUGGUUUUGAUGGAUUCUGAGGGAACUACGAUUCAUUGCAGUGUGAAGAAAACACUAAUUUACCUGUUUCAGAAACAGCUAUCUGAAGGUGUCGUGUACACCCUUACCACGUUUGAUGUGGUCAGAAGCACUGCGAAUACCGUCCUACAAGUCAUGUUUAUAAGUUGGAUGCAACUUAUAAUACUAAAUUCACAAGAUCUGAUAGCAUUGUUUUUCCAGAGAUAGUCUACACUUUCACACCACCUGCUGAUGUUUUCAAAAAUGAUUUUAAUAGAGAUUUCUUGAUUGGUUUGUUAUUUUCAAAACAAAAUCUUGUGUAUAGUGUAUUUAUAUAAUUUAUAUAUAUGCCAUCUAUUUACAAUACGCCGCUGUCUGUCAAAUAUGUUGACAAAUGUUGUGGGAGUGCUGGCUUCUGUGGGUAAGGAAAGGGAGUAUGUCAAAAAUGGUAAACGGACCAAGGUCAUCACCAUAGCGUUGAACAAUAAUGGGUCGGUUCAUGCUUAUUUUAUUUACUACAUGUAUUUACCAA